ACUUGCUCUCGUCCCCACUGUCAACACUAUGCCCGCGCCCACUCAUCCUUUCCGAAAUACAGAAAGCCUUCUCGUUGUCAUUCCGGACGAUGGAAUUGACGUCGAAGCAGAAGCACGAUUGUACGAUGAGUUGUGUGACGAUCAAGUGUCCAUUCGCCCAUCCACCCGGCCCAAAUCUCCUCAGGGACCACCCUCUAUUUUCUCGCGCGACAUUUGGCUAAACGACAACUCAGGCACGAGUCUCGCUUUUGCCCGAAAUGUGCAUAUCGCGGGGUGGACGAGCGUAGGUGAUAAGCUAGGUGGAGCUUAUGUCGUGUAUGACUGUGUGAUCCGCACAAAAGAGGGUACUACUAUCCACGCACAUAAGCGGUAUAGCGAUUUCGUGCUGUUGUACGAUGCUCUGAAACAUUCAUUACCUAAACAUCAACACCAUUUCAUCCCAGCCCUCCCCCCGAAAUCUCCCUUUUCGCGCUACCGAGCAGCUUUCGUCGAUCGUCGCCGGAGACAACUACAAUACUGGCUCUCCGCGGUUCUCCUCCACCCCGAGAUUGGUGCAUGUCAGUCUGUAAGGUGGUGGGUUAUGGAUUAGGCGUCUAUUAUGCAUGGUAUUUUGCACGCGGAGUGCUAUGAGCUGUGACGGUACGGACAAUAUCUUUCUUUAUUGUUGUUUAUUUCGGAUACUACCCUACUUACGACUUACUCUGCCUAUGAUAUAUCCAUCAGAUUAAGCACGCUCCGCUGCGCU